AAUGCGUCGGUUGAUUUAGUCGGCCAUGGAAUUCCUUUUUGAGUUAAAAAUUCAGCGUUAUUCUCCGCCAUGGAAACUCCAAAAAUCAGUUAAACGAGAAGGACCUUAAUGUCAAUUCUUUAGAACAAGGACUGAUUGAUUCCUUUUUCCUGAAUUCAGAGCUUUUCCUGUUCCCAUUAAUGGCUGCUUCACUCCCUUUCUCCCUUUCCUUCUCCCAUGCCUUCUCCUUCACCUUCACCUUCCUCAACUCUUUAUCCUCUUUCCUCUUUCUCUUUUGCUGAUUGCUUCAUAAUUUAAUCCUAAUUUUGUUUUUAUUCACUACCAUUUCCAAAUUCUCGCUUCUUUUGCCUUUUCUGUUUAUUUGCUUCUUCAUGCCUCCCACGUAUUUCCCUCUCCGCUGGGAGAGCACUGGCGACCAGUGGUGGUACGCUUCUCCGAUCGAUUGGGCUGCUGCUAAUGGCCACUACGAUUUGGUUCGGCAGCUUCUUCGGAUCGAUGGUAACCAUCUCAUCAAACUUACAUCUCUCCGUCGGAUUCGUCGUCUCGAGAUGGUUUGGGACGACGAAGAACAGUUUCACGAUGUCGCAAAAUGCCGCUCUCAUGUUUCUCGAAAACUACUAAUGGAGUCCGAAUCGAAACAGGGGAAAAACUCUUUAAUCCGGGCUGGUUACGGCGGAUGGCUGAUUUACACUGCCGCUUCCGCUGGCGAUUUGGCGUUCGUUCAAGAACUUCUCGCCAGAAAUCCUUUGCUUGUUUUCGGAGAGGGGGAAUAUGGGGUCACUGAUAUUCUCUACGCCGCCGCCCGAAGUAAGAACUCUGAGGUAUUUCGAAUUCUGUAUGAUUUUGCUGUCUCGCCGAGAUUCUCAACGAGAAGAGAGGGUGGUUUGGAGGAGCACAUAAGAGAGAUUCCAGCUGCUUACAAAUGGGAAAUGAUGAACAGGGGUGUUCAUGCCGCUGCUAGAGGAAGUAACUUGAAGAUUUUGAAGGACCUUCUUGCGGAGUGCUCCGACGUGUUGGCUUGCAGAGAUGCCCAAGGUUCCACCAUUUUACAUGCAGCUGCUGGAAGAGGACAAGUUGAGGUGGUCGAAUACCUUGUUCAAACAUUCCCUAUCAUCGAUUCCGUGGAUCAUCAGGGAAAUACAGCAUUGCAUAUAGCUGCUUCUAGGGGACAACUGGCUGCAGUUGAAGCUCUUAUUGCUGCGUCUCCCUCAUCCAUCUCUUUAAGAAACAACGCGGGUGAAACCUUCUUGCAUAAAGCCAUAUCUGGCUUCCAANGGGGAAUAUGGGGUCACUGA